UGGCGUCUCACUUGCGGGACAGCGCGGGCCUCCGAGUGUCUCCUGUGCGUCUUCCCUCUCUGCGGCUCGCCUUCGAAAUGUGGGCCGCCAUGAUGGCCUCGGGCGACGCGCCCAGCUUCCGACAAGCCCUACGGGAGUGCGGCAGCCCGAUGUCUCCCGGCUUUGAGCUACUGCGCUGGCUGGUCGGCCAGUCGGAACACACUAUCAACGCCAUAACGCUCGCCCUAGCCGAAGGCAUCGGCCCGGUCGCCAAGAAGGACUCGGCCAAGGCGCGCUCGCUAUGCGCUCGGGUCGAGCGACUGAGACUCGAUCUGGAGACACUGCUAGGAAGUGACGGCGUGCUUUUGCUUCCAACACACCCGGAACCCGCGCCUUACCACGGCGUGCCCACUCUGAGAGCUUUCAAUUUCGCGUACGCGGGCGUGUUCAACGUCCUGGGUCUUCCGGCCACGGCUUGUCCCGUGGGUCUGGGCUCCCGAUCUCGCAUGCCUGUCGGCGUGCAGCUGGUGGCGGCCAAGGACAACGAUCGGCUGACGCUCGCGCUGGCGCUCGAGAUCGAAAAGUCCUUCGGAGGCUGGAGAGACCCCGCAACCGCGGCGACGGGGGCGCGAGCGAACGGUCAUGUUCGUCAAGUGUAAAGAAAAUAAUAAAUAUUC